GGAAAGAGCGUCAAGCUGAUAGCAAGCUUGCAAUUCAACACGGAUGUCUUCCUCCGCCAAGGCUAAAAAACCAAAGACCCUUUGGUAUCGAUCGACUCGAGCAGACUUUCAGGGCAAAUACAGAAUCCCGGCUCAUGGAAUUAUUCCUUUUCCAUUUCAGACAGACUGGCAAUACCUUGGAGCACGUUUUCCUCGGAUCAAAAGCAUUUGGAACGGUUGAUCCUGCUAACAUAGAGGCCAUUCUGUCAACCAAUUUCAAAGAUUUCGCAAUGGGUCCGCGUCGAGAGAUAACAUUCCCUUUCUUCGGCGAUGGGAUCUUCAAUUAGGAUGGAGACGCCUGGAAGCAAUCACGAGAAAUGCUGAGACCGCAAUUCCACGUCAGGGAAUACUCGAACUUGAACAUGUUCAAAGACGCUACUGACAAUUUGUUGAACUCUAUACCAACGGGAGGCUGUGUCAUCGAUUUGCAACCUCUGUUCUUUUGUUUGACCCUCGACGUGACGACUGAGUUUUUGUUCGGCAAGUCCAUUGAGAGUUUGAAAUUGCACGAGUCAAGAGAUGAGAACGCAUUUGCUGAGUCUUUUGAUAUCGCACAGGAAUAUGUUGCAAAGGGUUUUCGCCUCCUCGACCUUUACUGGCUUAUUGAUGGGAAGAGAUUUCGAGAGGCAUGUAAGAAAGUUCAUGAUUUUGCGGACAAAAUCAUCGACCGUAAUCUAGUUAAAAAUUCUUUCGGAAGUCGAAGGGAAUGCAUCUUCUUGCGUGCCAUGGGCGAGAAAACACCGGACAAGACGGUGCUGAGAAGUCAGACCAUCAAUGUCAUGACGGCGGGACGUGACACUACUGCUUGCCUACUCUCGUGGGUUUUCUUUCUACUUGUCCGACAUCCAAAGGUGUUGGAAAAACUGAGAUCAGAAAUUGCCGCACAAGGAGACCUUGAGUGGAGUCGCAGCAACCUCCGAAAUAUGAAGUACCUUCAGAACAUACUCAAAGAGACUCUCCGCCUCUAUCCAUCGGUCCCUGUCAACACUCGUACGACACUAAGAACGACUAUCCUCCCAACAGGUGGUGGACCCGAUAGAAAAUCUCCUCUUCUUGUGCCCGAAUGUACCGCAGUAGCCUACAGCGUGUACACCAUGCAUAGACGUCCUGAUCUGUACGGCAUGGAUGCCGAUCUGUUUCGACCGGAACGUUGGGACGAGGACAUGCCGCUGAAUCAUGACGAGACGAACGCCAAAUGGGGAUACUUACCCUUCAACGGUGGACCGAGGAUAUGUCUGGGAAUGGACUUUGCUCUUGUCGAGGCAGCAUAUGUCGUUGCUCGGAUCGUCGAAAGGUUUCCGACUAUCAAGCUUCCAAAAGGAGAAAAGGUCGAGCUUACAGGUGUGGAGAAGCAGAGGAUCACUUUGGUGAUGUCUAUCACUGAGGGAUGUAACAUCGAGCUGGGAUAAUGCAAGUGUUAUGGUUGAUGUUGUCUGUACAGCAGCGUUGAAGUUUUCCUCAGCGAUGGAAGCAU